AGGCCGCGCGCUGGCCGGUCCCGCGCUGACCCGCGGGAGGGGCCGGAGCCCGUGUGCCUCCUCCCUACCGGUCCGCAUCCUUAAAGCACGAGCCUGACGCCCCGCCUGUUGGAGAGGGCGCCGGGAUCCGGACGGCGAGCAGCCGGGGCGGCCCAGGGACGACCGCGGAGGGCCUGAGGCGACAGAGCUGCCGCGCCUGGCACGCGAGCGUCUCGGCCCUGACUGUUUGCGGGGGCUGUGAGGGGAGGGGUCCUGGGCGCCAUUGCCGGCGGUGGGAGCACCUCCUGGUCCCGGUCUGCCUUCGGCUGCUCUCCUCCGGCUGGGAGGAACCGUAGCUCGGGGCCGUCGCCAGCCCCUGGCCCAGGCUCGAGAAUCGAGGGCCUCGGCCGCCGGCCCGCAGCUCAGUCCACCGCCCGCGCUGGGCAGCCCCGGCCAAGACCAUGUUUGACAAGACGCGGCUGCCGUACGUGGCCCUCGAUGUUCUCUGCGUGUUGCUGGCUUCCAUGCCUAUGGCUGUUCUAAAAUUGGGCCAAAUAUAUCCAUUUCAGAGAGGCUUUUUCUGUAAAGACAACAGCAUCAACUAUCCGUACCAUGACAGUACCGUCACAUCCACUGUCCUCAUCCUAGUAGGGGUUGGCUUGCCCAUUUCCUCUAUGAUUCUUGGAGAAACCCUGUCUGUUUACUUUAACCUCUUGCACUCAAAUUCCUUUAUCAGGAAUAACUACAUAGCCACUAUUUACAAAGCCAUUGGAACAUUUUUAUUUGGUGCAGCUGCUAGUCAGUCCCUGACUGACAUUGCCAAGUAUUCAAUAGGCAGACUGCGACCUCACUUCUUGGAUGUUUGUGACCCAGACUGGUCAAAAAUCAACUGUAGUGAUGGUUACAUUGAAAACUACAUAUGUCGAGGGAAUGCAGAAAAAGUUAAGGAAGGCAGGUUGUCCUUCUACUCAGGCCACUCUUCGUUCUCCAUGUACUGCAUGCUGUUUGUAGCACUUUAUCUUCAAGCCAGGAUGAAGGGAGACUGGGCAAGACUCUUACGCCCCACGCUGCAGUUUGGUCUGGUUGCUGUAUCCAUUUACGUGGGCCUUUCUCGAGUUUCUGACUAUAAACACCAUUGGAGUGAUGUGUUGACUGGACUCAUUCAAGGAGCUCUGGUUGCAAUAUUAGUUGCCGUGUAUGUAUCAGAUUUCUUCAAAGAAAAAAGUUCUCCUUUUAAAGAGAGAAAAGAGGAGGACUCACAUACAACUCUGCAUGAAACACCGACAACCGGGAAUCACUAUCGGAACAAUCACCAGCCUUGAAGGGCUGCAUGGUGCCCAGGUGAAGCUGGCCUGCUUUCUAAAAUUGCAACCAGAAGGCAAGAGGAUGCCUUUCCUCCCAGUGUACAGGCCUUACGGACUGCUGCUGCUAUGCCUCUUGGAUGCCCACUUUAUCGUGUGUAUAUAGUUACAUUUAACACAAUGGUUAUCUAAUAGCUCUGAGUUCAUUAAAAAAUUUCAAGCCUUCCACCAAAACACUGCCCCACCUGUACAUUUUUUAUUAAAAAAUGUAAUGCUUAUGUA